AUGCCGUGGGCGAGCACCGCUGCCUCAAGAAGGAACUCCAUCAGAGGGGGGAGGAACUGUGCCGCACCGCCGACAACCAAAGCACUUAUGGCGGAAAAGGAUUGCCUCCUUGCUGCCCAGUUCAUUAGUGCUCAGCAGGAAAAUGACAUCCUACGAGAACGUCUCAGCAAGGCGGUGGAACAAGCAAAAGGUGAUGCGGAGCGGGCGCAGCGACAAUUACUACGAGACUUCAAAGCAGGAGGCUCAGCGCGCUCUCACGGAACGUGUGUUGCAGAAGUGGGACGAAACGGUGACGCGUUCGAAGAGCGAUCUAGCACGCGUCUGCCAUGGGACUGA